UCCAUCUCAAACCACAUACUGUUAGGUGAAGUUCAUAUCGGUUUUACAGUUUUGGGUUAAGUUAGUUGAACAGGCACAAUGACUAUCACGUGCCAAAAGAAGGAUAGUUGUGGUGACACAAUAAUCAUCCCAGUGUUAUCUGGAAUUGAGAAAGCAACAUCAAAUUCCCACAUCCUGUCACCCUUUCUUCUCUAAUUACCGUGUGCACAGAGGCAAGGCACUAUAUAAUUUGAUAACGACUUGGCCAGAAGAGAGAGCCAAACACGUCGUCACGUGUAAUCGACGUCACACGCGGGCUUGUGAACAAACAAUUGCACUUCUGCGCGUCCCAUUGUUAGAGGACACCAUCCGCAGUGAUGGCGAGCUUAACGGGGAAUGGAAACGGGCCCCCGGGUAUCGUGAGAGAUCCAGCGACGGUGAGGGGCCUAGAGAUCCCUCAUGUUUUGCCGCACGAAAAAGUGUUUCCGAUUCAGAUCGGGAGCAAGCUGUUUAGGUUGAGCGGGGCGAGUAUCAGUUCUGAUGCACCCUCAUAUUUCUCAGAGUACUUUAAGUGCCAGCUAGCCCAGGCCGAGAUCCGGAAGACAAAUGGCGAAUCAGACCAAGGCAUUAAGACGUUAUACAUCGAUCGAGACCCGACGAUAUUCUCCGACAUAUCGCGGCAUCUACAGGGCUACCACAUCCAGCCUCGAGAUGGAUCCCACUUCGUCAAGCUAUUCGCCGACGCCCAAUUCUACCAACUACCAAGGCUAGUAAGCCAGCUCUUCGAAGACAACAUCUACAUCUCCAUCGGCGGUCGCGAAUUCCGCGUCCAAAAGGGCCUCUUCACAGCCCCCGGCGACACUCCCAACUACUUCACCCUCGGCUUCGCCGUCAUGUUCUCCUCCACCGACGCCGUCUUCCCCGGCCUUGACCGCGCAGGCCUCCUCCGCCCCCCCUCCAUCGUCCCCCCCGCCGUUCCCAGCCGAUCCGGCGAAGUCUUCGCAGAGCUAAUCCACAUGCUCAAAGGCUAUCCCCUGCACAUCCGCAACGAAGCCCACCGCACUGAACUCCUCCGCGAUUGCAGAUACUUUCUUUUCAAAGGGCUGGAGCAGAAGCUCAUCCCCCAUUCCAUCUCGCAUAACCUCCAGCGCGGGAAGGACGAAAUCACGAUCCGAUUAGAAGAUAUCCGCCAACCGGGCCUAAGCAUCACCUUCGAUGCGCCCUUCCAGGACUUCCCUUCUUCCGAGCCAUUCUCAGGGCAUCUCCGCUACUCCGCUCCCAGUAUAUCGGGGUGGGUGCACUACAUGCGCCCCUUCGUUGACACCACGCCGCGCGAACUCAUCAUCGAGAUUAGCGGCGAAUGCACACGUCUCGAUGUCGACGCCAUGCGCGCUGAGUUCUCGGGGGACGCGAAGAAAAGGAUUAAUCGCCUCAUCGAGGUGCUGGCGAAUAAAAUCAACGUCCCCAAUGCGCGACCCAUGGGUUUGUUGAUGGGGAGUGGUGCGGGGAGUCAGCCGGAGAGUCCGGCGAGUGGGGGGUUGCGGGAGGGAAGUGUGAAGGUUGUGUUUGAGGGGGGGAGUUCGGUUGUGCUGGAUGGGAGGGUGUGGAAGGAUGAGGAGGAGGGGAAGAGUGGCAUGAAGAUGGAGGGGGAUGGUGUGGAGAAUGUGGAUGCGCCGUCGAGGAAGAGGAGGAGGGUGGAGGCAGGGGCGGAGAGUGAGGUCUGGGCUGUUAGGACGGGGCAGUGGAGGGUGAGGGUGCAGGCGGCUUCGAAUGAUAAGAGUACGGUGGAAUGUGUUUUGAUUGCGGUGAAGAUUGAUGCUUUUACGGCGGAGGUUGCGAGGAAUCAAGAGAGGGGGUUUCUGAGUGGGUAGGCUGUUGGUUUGUAACUGUGAGAUUUAUUGGGGUAUUUAGGGAUCUUGUAGUGAAUAUCAUCAAUAUCGUUGUGCUUUUAUUUUCCUCGAG